AGCUGAAGCGCGCGCGCGGAAACUCAUUGCAGCCUGGAUAGGAGCGGAGUCUUUCUAGUCCGCGGGGGUUGAGUAGCGUUCGCCACUCGAGCACGCGCGGUUUCGUAGUUUCUCAGUUUUGGACGGGGCACACUAGCUUUUGGGAGUGAAGAGGCUACGCAAUAUCCUCGCAAUGUCUGGUGAGUUAGAGCAGCCUCAGGCCGGCCCCUCACGUGCUGGGCUGAACCUGCCGAACCCUGAGAGAAAUCAGACUGGAGUCCCGGGAGAAGUGAUCAGAAGGGCCAGGACCCAAGGGCCCACGUCCUGGAUCCAAAAGGUUCUUGAGCAAAUAACGGACUCACCUCUCCAGUCGGUCACCCCCUCGGAGGUGGUGCCUGUCGCUGUGCUGGCGGUCCAAAGGUACCUUUUAGAGGAUGAGCCACGCGACAGGAUACCCAAACCUCCCUUUUACUGCUAUGACGUGACGAUCUCGGACGGGGUGUACCAGGAGAAGUGCUACCUAGACCCCAGCCUGAACUUUCUCGUAUAUAAGAAUAUUCUUAAAGUUGGCAUAGAAAUGAAAAUUUUCAGAGUCUCGUGUCUUUACAACGAGAAAAGGUUAGGCCAGGGAAUCCUGUGCAUAGAUAACGUCCACUGUGGGGGGACUUUGGACACUAUUUCUGUAGAAACUCCCUUCAGAAAUAGUGCGCACGAGGAGAUACCAGAGAGGCCUUUAAGGGGCGGGAAGAGUCACUACCUGGCCCUGUGGAAUAAUGAAGAUCCGUAUGGAGAUAUCUGGUUAACCAACAAGCAACCUGAGGAACACAAUUUCAAUAAUACCAGAAUAAUUUCCCUUUCUCACCUUGAAAUGACCUGGAAUAACAGAAAGAAUUUUCCUGCUUUGCUUGUGAGAAUCUUGCACAAAUCAAGACUGCGAUACUAUGGAAAACCUGAUAAAAAAAUGAUUGAGCCAUACCAGACCUUUUUGGAAGUUGCUGACCGUUCAGGCACGGUGUCAGUGAUUAUGUGGAAUGCCCUGUGUCCUGAGUGGUAUAAAAGUCUGCGGGUUGGUUUAGUUCUUCUGCUUCAAGAUUAUUCUGUUAAAAAGAGUUAUCCAUUCAGAUUGCAGCCUCUCCCUGUGGAUCCACAAAUCAAACUCAUUUCUACUAUGGAAGUCUGCCUGAACCUUCGAGAUCCCCCUAAUAAUAUAAUAAUAAUUCCUGAAAGGCAAGUGAAACCAGAAUGGAGAUUGCCAAAACUAAAUCACCGCUUUGUCACAAGAUCGGAACUGGAUAAUAUGGCAGAAAAGCAAAUCUGUGACGUUAUUGGCAUUUUAGUUUUUGUAGGAAGAGUCCAGCGGUCAAAAAAGAAAGAAAACCGUGAAGAUUUUUGGUCAUAUCGCUGGAUUCACAUUGCUGAUGGGACUUCACAACAUCCAUUUAUAGUGGAACUGUUUUCUACAUCUCAGCCAGAAAUCUUUGAAAAUAUUUGCCCAAUGACAUAUUUCAUGUGUACACAGUUGAAAGUUGUCAGAAAUAACACUCAAGUACCUAAACUGCUUUAUCUCACCACUACAAAUGAGAGUCGAGUGAUUAUUACUGGUCAUAGAGGCCAGCUGUGUGCUAAUGAUAGUAAAGUAAAAAAUUUUAUUCGCUGGAUUAAAACGAAGACUGAUUCUGGAGAAAAGAAGAAUGCUGUUAUUGGUGGAUAUUACCCCUUUCCACCAGUGCCAGAGACAUUUUCAAAGUAUAGAAAUUCUGUUAAAGUUGAAUCGCUCUUGACAGCUAUAAGUGAAGUGAGGAAGGAGAUUGAAGACUUGCAGUAUAGGGAACAAAAGCGCAUUGCAAUUCAGGGAAUAAUUACGGUUAUAAAGUAUAUCCCCCAUAGCAGUACAACUGAAAGUGCCUCAGCAUCAGAAACAUUUCAGAAUGCUAAUCGACCCUCAACAUCCCAAGCAGCUGGAAGAGAAAGUCAGAGUCAGGAAAGAGAUGAUAAACAGCAUCAAGAGGAUGGUCCUGUCAGUCCUCAGUGUUGUCAAACUACAUAUACAAGUUUGAGCCCUACCAAGAAAAAAAGGAUUGUGCAAGGGCCUUAUGACAAACUAGUUCCUGUACCUCAGCCAGACUUUUCUUCACAAACAAAAGGAAAUAAAUCAGGCAUUCCGAGCAUCUUCCAACGUCGAGAAAGCGUAAGCACUAGUAUGCAGGGGAAAGCCAGAAAAACUAUAAGUCAUGGGUGGGAAAGUCAGCUGUGGAGAGAGAAAAAGUUUGGCUUAGUAGAUCACCUACACUACAGCUCUGUUUAUCCUGAAAGUAUUCCACGGAAAUUUACUGUCGAACACAAAAGUUUUCUUAUUCAGCAGUAUAAUUCUCAGCCUGCAAAAUACAUACCACCAGAAGAAAGGGCCCCCAAACUUAAUGAUUUUAAAAGUGCCCGAAGCCUUGGACAUUUUGAAGUAACCAUCCUAGGUCUGAACCAUGAGAUAGCAAUUGAUGUCGCAUUCCUACCCAUGUAUUGUUCAGAAGAUAUCCGAGCAUCUCAAAUAGACACGUUAUUAACCUGCAUGAAUUACAGCUGUGUAUAUCCACAGGAAGUAAAUGGUAAUGAAAGGGUGCCAGGUCCAAGAGCAAUUGCGGGUGAUAUUAUAAAAGCAGUAACUGAGCUGGAUAGAACGCAUGUCGUCUGUAUCUUGGAUAUCUGUAAUUUGGGUAACAACAAGGUAGAAGUCUGUUUGCAUAAAAUUUACAGUCCAGAUAAUAUUUAUUAAAAAUUGAAAAAUGGAAUUAUUACAGGUUAUAAAGAGGGCACUGCUUUAAAGAUAUUAUUUUGUUGGUAAUAUCAAUAACUUUUUUUCUGCAAAAAUAUCACUUAAGCUCUAAAGUUAUUAAGUAGUUUUAUGUUCGUCUUGUAUUUGGAGCUAACACACUUCAUUUUAAAUUUAUUACUGAAACAGCCAUCAAAACAAUUUUUGUCAAUCAAGAAAAUUUACAUAACUUUGAUAUGAUUAUUAUCUUGACUUGUAAUAAUUUAUGUUCACUGUUUUAUUUGUGAAGUGUACUUUUGUUAUAAAGCCUCAGCAUAAGGCAUCCUGACUUAGAAGAGUAACUUUUUAUGAACAUUUAACGUCCUGCCACUUUGAUUCACCUAUAAUGGGAAAUUUUGAAUUGCUAAUUUGACAAUUGAAUUCUUCUAAAGUAGCAAACCUGCAUUUCUCAUAAAUAAGGUAGUUUCUAUUAUUUUCAAAAGCACACAUUAGUUGUUAUGGCCCAGUUGCCCAGGUCUUUAGUUUGGUCAGCUGUACAAUGUGAAUGCUAAAUUAAGUUGUCUUAAUGGUUUUCCACUCCCUAUUGUGACUUCAUAUCUUUUAAAUUUCUAAAUGUUUUGACCAGUGUGUGAUCUUAAAGCCAAAAGCUACAGUAUGUCUAUGUUCUUGCUGUAUUCAUUUGUAAUUUUGAUACAUGUAAUGUGAGUUUAGUGAAAUUUUAUCUCAAAUUAACAUUUAAGUGCUCAUAUUCAAAGUAUAAAACAGUAACUAAGGGAAUUGAUUUUAUUCUGGUUGUCUAUUUAAGUGUAAAUGGCCUUUCCACAUUUGCAAGGCCAUAUGGCUGACAUCUAUGUGGUUGACAUCUGUGUGCGUCUAUGACUAUCACACGAGUUAAAAAUUAUUCUGUAUUAAGAUAAAUCUGAUUGUAGUAAGCUGUUAACUUGUGGAGUUUCUUUCUAGCCCUAUGGUUCCGUGACUUCACAUUCUAUACAUUUUAAAUGUGUUGAGCAGCUCAUGAACCUAAAGACAGAUGCUACAUGUUGUUCAUAAAUGUGUUCAGUCUUUUGUUCUUUAUAAGUGUGUCUAAAUGUUAAUUAAAAUUAUAAAUCCUCAUGUUGAAAUUUGAGUGUACUAUUAAAGAAGUUAAAACAA